UCCCCAUCCCCAGCCCAGCAUGGCCUCUCCCGUCUUGCACAAGCUGGAGGACAAACUGCUGUGCUCCAUCUGCCUGGAGCUCUUCAGGGUGCCCGUCACCUUACCCUGCGGCCACAACUUCUGCGAGCGCUGCAUCAACGACCACAGGAGCAAACAGGAGCAGACGGCCGACGGGGCCGAGCGGGGCUACAAGUGCCCCCAGUGCCGCUCCAGCUGCGAGCGACAGCUGGAGCUGAAGAAGAACGUGACGCUGAGCGAAGUGGUGGAGGUGGCGCGGGCGAGCAGAGUGUGGGCGGAGAGCUGCGAGGUGGCCCACGUCGGGCUGUGCCCGCAGCACGGGCGCCCGCUGGAGCUGUACUGCGAGGAUGAGCAGCGCUGCAUCUGCUGCGUCUGCAGCGUGCGGCAGUGCCAGCGGCACCGCAGGGCUCUGUUUGGAGACGAGCGCUCCAGGAAGCAGGCUCUGCUGGAAAGGUCCCUGGAAGAAACCCAGAGAGAAGCAGAGAGGAUGGAGCGGGCGCUGCGGGAGCUGGAGGAGCGGACACAGAGCAUCAAGGACUCCUCCGAGAGGCUCCAAGCUGUGAUCCUGAGCAAAUUUACCCACCUGGAGGAAGCUCUGGCCAAGUUCCAGGAGCAGAUGGUGGGCAAAGUGAAGCAGGAGGAGCUGGUGGCUCUGGGACACAUAGAAAAGGACCGGAACGCAUUGAAGGAUCAUCUGGAGGCCCUUGGGCAGCACCGGGACCGGGCACAGUACCUGCUGGACUGCAGUGACCACCAGGUCUUCCUCGAGGAGUUCCCGCAGCUCCUGACCCCGCGGAGCAGGGAGGUGCCACCGCUGGUGGAGUUCAAUGCGGCUGUUGUGGUGGAACCCAUGAAUGAGAUCCUCGCUGCUACCUCCAGGCUGCUGCUGGAGGAGCUGCCCGCCUCGCUGAGCCCCAGUGCCCCUGACCCCAUUGCCCCAGGCCCGGUGCAGCCCGAGGAGACGGCGGUGAAGGUGGUGUCCACCCCUGCUCCCAUGUGCCAGCUGCGUGCCGAGCUGCUGAAGGAUCACCGAAACCUCACCUUCGAUCCCGACACGGCCAACAAGUACCUGGAGCUGUCGUGGGGUCAGCGCAGAGCCAAGCACGGCCCCACCGCUGCCGUUGGUUGGCAGGAGCGCGGGCGCUGCUUCGAGCCCUGGCAGGUGCUGUGUGCGCAGAGCUACGGGCAGGGCUGCCACUACUGGGAGGUGACCAUCUCCAGCCACUCCGUCGUGCUGGGGGUGACGUACGGUGGGCUUCCCCGGCACAAAGUGAGGGGCUGCAAGUUCAACAUCGGGCUGGACGGCGGCUCGUGGGGGCUGCAGGUGCGGGAGGACAGCUACCUCGCCUGGCACAAGGGGCAGGAGGAGAAAAUCCAGCUGCGGCUCUACACCAAGCUGGGGGUCUGCCUGGAUUGUGACCACGGGCUGCUCUCCUUCUACGGCCUCGGGGAGGGGGUGCAGCACAUCCACUCCUUCCACUCCGUCUUCACGGAGCCGCUGUUCCCCGUGUUCUGGCUGUGCGAGGGCCGCACCGUCACGUUGUGCCACAGGGACUGCGGGGGCCCUGAAGGAGAGCUGGGGCUGUGACAUGGUGGGUAGGGAAGAAGACAGGCGGGUAAUGGCGAUGCUGUCGCAGCGGGGAUGAAGACCCCAAUCGCUGUGCGUGGGGACUUGGGGUGGGGGGGGGUACGCUCCCGUGCAGAGGGGAUGCAGAGAUGUGAUUCCCUGUUUCCUUUUGCCCCGGGGAGAACUGAGGUUUGAGGAGCCCAGCGGGAGGUGUGGGGGCUGCAGGCAGGCCCUGUGCUCGCAGCCAUCCCCGUCCCCCCACGCUGCCUUCGGAGGUGGCAGAGCCGCCUUUUGGGGUGCCGCGUUUCUCACUGGAAGAAGCUGCUUUCCCCAAUAAAGUUCUGAUUUGC